CUUCUGGUGGGGGAGGGACACUUGUUCCUGAAGUAGACUUCAACCUGCUCUGCUGACGCUGUGAAAGGGAAUGGCACUGUAGCGAAUGGCCAAUACCGAGGACACCCAGUUAUUGUCGGCCGACCGGCCUGGUUCAUAUCUGAACGGUGAUUCGAUUCAAUCCCAUAGCGGCUCCAAGAGCAAGAUGUCGGAGGGUUGGUUCACGCACGUAGACAAGUUCCUGGACAACCUCCGUCUCAGAAAUGAACUCGUGCGCCAGUUCUUUGCCGAGCUCCUGGGAACUUUUAUGCUGGUGUUGAUCGGUGAUGGAGCUAUUGCGCAGAUGCAGUUCUUUGGCGGAACAGCAUUAGGGGCUGGCUUUCUGAAUGUGAACAUCGGGUAUGCCUUCGGGUUGAUGCUUGGGGUAUAUUUUACAGCUUCAGUAUCAGGUGGUCACUUGAAUCCGGCCGUUUCACUGGCCUUCUGUACCUUGGGGAAGUUGAGAUGGAUCGCCUUCCCUGUCUACAUGCUUGCCCAGUUUAUCGGAGCCUUCCUGGCGGCUGUCAUGGUGUUUGCUGUCUAUUAUGAUGCCAUCGACAAGCAUGACCACAACAGGACGGUGGUAGGAGGUACGGCGGGCAUAUUCGCCACCUACCCCAAAGCAGAGCUGUCCUGGGGAGUUGGAUUCGUGGACCAGCUCUUGGGCACGGCCCUCUUGAUGGCGGGCAUCAUGGCGGUGACGGACAACAAGAACUCCAAGCCCCCCAACGGUCUGGAGCCCAUCUUCGUGGCCCUGACGUUCUUCGCCGUGGGCAUCAGCUUCGGCUACAACUUCGGAUACGGCAUCAACCCAGCGAGAGACUUCGGCCCUCGGGUCUUUACUGCUAUAGCUGGCUACGGAUCUGACGUUUGGACGCUGAACGGGAUUCAGUGGUGGAUCAUCCCCACAUUCGUGCCUUUCCUGGGGGCACCGGUUGGCGCCUGGGUCUACUACCUGGCGAUCGGCAUGCACUGCGAGUCGCCCCACCGAGGUCAGGGGGAUCACGCGGAGCUGCUGGAAGCGCAGGCGCCGGACGCCGCUGAGAAAUCCAUGUAAUCCACAGCGCGCAUGGCAAGAGAAAGCUUCGAGCUCCGAUGGCACGGAAGAAUUCCGAGAAAACAAAAAC